AGCUGCCCACACACUCAGCAAUGCGAAACAAUUCGUUAAUCAAAACAUUGCGUUCAAUUAAAUAUUAAAACUUGAUUGCCGCGUAUGGUCGAUUGGUCGGACGGUCGGACGGUCGGACGGUGGGGGUCUGCUGAGUCAAUACUUUGGAAGUGUUAGCUGCGCUACUAUACCCUUGCAGUUGGCUGUUUGGUUGCUGCUCACCUGUAAAUAUUCAAAAAUCCGCUAGUCAUUGUCGCAGUCGAACGUUGAAAGUGCGCGCCCACAGAAGCUAGCUGAAUAUUUAUUCGCAUGUGCAGAAAUCGUUUGCCGCCGUGAAAUCAAUUACAUACUAAUUUCAUUUGCAUACAAAACUACACAAAGUGAGAUAUUUUUAUACACUGUUGUUUUAGUUGCCGGCAGCGCAAUGCAAUUCAUUUCAAAUAUUAACGCCUACAAAUUGCCGACAAGAGGCGCUGCUGCUGCUGCGGUUGCAUUUUUGCCAGUUCUCUGCAUUUUAUCUUUUAUCAAUGGUUCUGCGGCACACAUUGGCGCUCGACAACGCAUCAACGCGUAUGGCGAUGUCAACGAUGACGUUACGGUGAAUGUGAAUGCGGAGAAUACGCGCCCAAUCAUCGGUAUUCUCACACAGGAAGUGUCAAAUUUUGUGCUGCGCCAUUAUCCGGAAAAGGAUUACAAGAGUUAUAUAGCCGCUUCGUAUGUGAAAUUUGUUGAGGGUGCCGGCGGACGUGUGGUGCCGAUUUGGUGAGUUUAAAGUCAUUGUUCAUUUACAUUUGCACAUAUGUAUUUGUGUGCUCAUUUAAAUUGUUAUAAAUAUGCAUUAGUAGGUUUGUGUGUAUUGACAAUUGAUAACGAUGAACUUUUAAUUAAGUGCGGUGCUAUGCAUAUGUAAUGGCAUUGAUGAUGUGUCCUAGUAGACAAUUUUCGCUGUUGAGACGACAAAAACAAAUGUUUAUUCUACCAACUGUGGCAACAUAAGUGACACAAUUUUUGGUUAUAAUGUUCAUAAAGUAUUGGCGCAAGAUGUCAGUGACUUUUUAGAGCAAUGUCUCAAAAAAAGGGUAGGAGAAUUACACUUUAACAC